UUGCCAUCGGUUUCGGCACAAGAGUGUAAAUCCUGAUCUCUGCUUUCUGCUUACUACCUUUUCGACGAUGUUCGGCAAGCUCGUUCACCUCGGCAUCGACGCCAUGCUCAUCAGCAUAUUCCUCGCUGGGAUGAAGCGGAAUACCGGAUUAACUCCCAAACUCUCUCAAGUCCCCAAUAAGGACAUUCGUCAACUGCUGCGAUCGUACCUCGAAUUCGGAGAGUACGCUUUCGACUUCGCUGUUGUCAUCUGCGGGCGCUCCUCUUCUUUCGAAAGGCAACACUGAGCCACUACGUCGCAUCGCGCGGUUCCCCACUUCCGUCUCACUCUCACGUAUAUCUGUACCACUUUCACUCCAGUCAACUCAAUUACAAUAUCUAUCCAAGGAAGUUAAACACGAAGAAAU